AUGAACGAUAUACCACUGGAAAGGGUGAAGUCUGUGGAUUCGUUUCAAGCAUUUGAUCGAUGUGUUGACGCUCAUUGCUAUAUUCGUGCUGCUAGCAUUUUUUCGAGCUUGGCUGCAGCACAUGGGCCAAGAGCGAAGAAAGCGCCAACAGCACAGUCUAUAAUCUUAUUUUCGAGCCAUAUACCAACAGCGCGACAACAUCAGUCUUUAUCACAAUACCAAGAAGAUUAUGAUCUUAAAAAGCAAGAGAAAAUAAAGUAA